AUGAUUAAACGAGGAAAAACUUUGAGAACCAAGUUUGAAUACAAGUACCUGUUUUACACACUGUCGUGUGUGUCCAUCAAUAUUGGAAUUUGCAAUGAAUACAUUAAAAGGAAAAGAGAGAAAUACAAAGAUGAGGAGCAUAAAAUUUACUUCCACUUGACGGAGAAGAACUUUGAAUAUAUUGAUAAAAAAAAAUAUGAAAGAAGAAUUGAGAAAAUAUGUAAAAAUUUCAAUUUACCACUUGUGACCAUUUCAAGGGCAGCAAAUAAUUACUACCCCAUAGAUUAUCAUUUACAGUACUUGAAUGAUCUUUUUGAAAAAAAAAAAAAAAAAAUUUUUAAAAGUUUUAUAGAAAAUGAGAAAAAAACAAAUUUAACAAUAGAGAAACAAAUAGAUGCAUUAAUAGAAGAUUUAAUUAAACAUGUUGAGGAAGAGUUUGCAGUUGAGGAGACAGAUUUGGAAUGUUCUCCUUCUUCACUAUUUUUGAGAAACCUAGAUUGGAGUUAUUUGAAGGAAUUCAUUUGGGAACGCAAAAAGGUUAAGACUAAAUCAGUAGGAGAAUUUUUAGAUACAUUUAUAGAUGAGUUGUAUGUUUAUGUAUACAUCUAUCUACUAUGCAACUAUCACAGAAACAAUUUUUUCGAUUUUGUAAAAAAGAGAAGGUCGUAUAGACACUGCAGUGAGAAUGUUGGAAAGGACAUUGGUUUGGAAUUAAAUAGCUACUUGGGGAUAAACAAGAAAGAAGCGAUAUCAGACAGUAAGGAAAUGGAUGCUGCAGAUGGAACUACAAUAGUAGAACCUGUCAUCGAACCGGUGAAUUAUGUUCUAAAUAUUGAUACAUUGCGAGAAAUACAAAAGAGCUUAUCUACCUAUGGAGUAGUCGUUUUGAAAAAUUUUUUGAAAAAAGAAGAUAUAGAAAAAAUAAAAAAAGAAUUAUUUCUUGACAAAAAAGAAAUAAAUAAUAUAUCAUCACUUUUGAUGCAUAAGGAUAAUAACAUUUUCUGCAUAAGACCAACACGGGGAAGACAAUAUUGCAUACUACGUAAUAGCAAAGUUAGUGACUUGUUUACAAACAUACAACAAUAUUGGAUGAACAUAAUAUAUUCAUACUUACCUAUUGGUGGGUAUGUAAAUGUAUAUGAUUUAUUUCACAAAAAUGUAAUUUUUAAAUUAAAGGAUUUUAAAGACAUAAGCAUGAAAAUUGAACAGAAUGACAAAUUAUUUUUAUCUGAAUUGCAAUUAGUUAACAAUGAACCAUUGAGUGAAAUUCAAUCACAUCAUGUAGACAAUGGACUAAGUGGCAUAAGUGUCAUUUUGCCAUUAAACAAGAUAAACGAUGAUUCUGGAAAUUUCGAAUUUUUUCUUGGAACUCAUUUAUUCUCAUCCGUAAAAAUAAAAAAAAAAAAAAAAAUUCAUAAUUUUAAAAAAUUUAUGGAGGUAUAUUACAAAACAGGAUCAUCAUUUAUUCCUGAUAUAAAUCCACAAGACAUCAUCAUAUACGAUUCCAAAAUUUUGCAUAGAGGUUUAUCAAACAAUUUAUGGGUCAAAAAUUCUUCCUUAAUUUAUCGAUAUGAUUAUAAAAAAUAUCCUCCACCUGGUCAGGAUUUUAUUGACAUUUGUUCUUACAACUUUAUUGGCAAAUGCAUUUCGUUUUUUAAUUUUUUGACAAAAUAUUUUUAG